UUGUUGCUGUUUUUGUUGUAUUUGCGCAUAUUGUAAAAAAAAUAUACGAACAAAUAAAACACAGUCAGUGAAGUCAUUUGUUAAAAGUUAACACAAAGAAUAGGCUCCCCACAUUUUUUAUGGACAAUAUGACUUCAACCGAAUUAAAAAUUGGCUUAACCAGCAGUGCCCGUCCAUCUAGUCGUGUCUUAAAACCUCCAGGCGGUGGUCAUUCGAAUAUAUUCGCCGAACCGGAGGUUAGUGUUAAUGCACCACGACCCAAAUAUAAUCAACAAAACUCCAGCAAUUUAAAUGCUUGUAUGGGUUCUACGGAUGCCAAUGUUGCCGUAGAGAAAUUACGCGAAGAAGUAUGUCAUAAAAAAGAUGACGAUAACACUACUGCCGCCAAAGCUGAGAAAUCUGAUACCAAAUCGAAUUCAUCAAAUGGUAUUGGAGGUAAUAAUGAUGCUAAUGCCAAUACUGCAACCAAAACACGUGUACCACCUGGUGGCCAUUCAUCGGGUGGUUUCUGGUAAAGCUUUUAAACUGCUCCUUCGGCAAACAGACAUUAACAAACAGAACACUUUACAGUCAUUAAUGCAGAAAUAUUUUGAAUUUUUGUUAAUUUUUUUCGUCAACGUUGAAAAAGAAACCAAAACAGAACAAACAAAAAAAGAACGCAUUUAUAUACAAGAAAAAUAUUUAUAGUUUUGUUUUUAACUUCCAAAAAAAAAGUAUGCUGCUCUCUGCGUAAAUCUCUAUUUAUAUUAAAAUAACAAAAACAAAGUUCUAUUAGUUCUAAGUCCUUUUUAAAUGUUUAAUUUAAGAUGAUUUUUUUUAUCAUGUUUAAAUUAUUAUUUAUCUUUUUUUCUUCUAUUCUAUUAUUAUAAUAUUUAUGUGUUUAUUUCAGGUACUUGAUAUUUAUAUUUCCUUUUUUUUUUAUUAUUCUUAUAUAAUUGAGUAUUAUUAUUUGUUUUAAAAUGUUUAAUAUUCUUCCCUAUUGAUAAUGUAUAAUUGUUUUCCUACAACAACCUGCUGUUUAAUUUGUAUUUUUAGUUAAAAUUUUAAAGACAAAAAUAACAAAAACAAACAACCAUAUGUUUUAUAAACAAUUAUUUGGUACUUAAAGCCUGCUUCUAUCUAAUUCACUUAAUAAAAAAAAAAACAAAAUAAA